UUCAUUUAUAAAGUCUCAAUCAAAUCAAACUUCAACUCUUCAAAUAUCGAAUCACUUGUCAAAUUCUAUUCAUAUUAUUUCUGUAUUAGUCUUGAAACGGAGCUGCUGCUAAUGCUCCACUAGUCGAGGUUAACUGAUUUAUUGCCUUGUUUUAUAACUGGGCGUUUCAGAUCUAAUACGAAUUUACGGGUACUGGUUUAAGAUGGCAUUUUCUGAUGAAUUUAAGAUCUGGGUAUUGUUUAUCUGUUUGGUAGCUCAAUUGGGUCGUGGGUUUUAUCUUCCGGGUAGUUACCCUCACAAGUAUGUUGUCGGUGAUCCCUUAUCGGUCAAAGUGAAUUCGAUAACUUCGGUUGAGACUGAGAUCCCGUUUAGCUAUUAUAGUUUGCCUUUCUGUAAGCCCGAGGAAGGUGUCAAGGACAGUGCUGAAAAUUUAGGUGAGCUAUUGGUUGGUGAUAGGAUAGAGAAUUCCCCGUAUAAAUUUAAGAUGAACACCAAUGAGUCCGAGAUUUUUUUAUGUCAAACUAAGCCUUUGUCGAAUGAGGAGUUUAGUCUCAUGAAGAAGAGGAUUGAUGAAAUGUAUCAAGUUAAUGUGAUUCUUGAUAAUUUGCCUGCUAUCCGGUAUACCAAGAAAGAUAAUUUUUACUUGAGGUGGACUGGAUAUCCGGUUGGGGUCAAGGUUCAAGAAAAAUAUUAUGUUUUCAAUCAUUUGAAGUUUACUGUUCUUAUUCACAAGUAUGAAGAGACCAAUGUCGCUGGUGUUAUGGGGACUGGUGAUGCUGCUGAAAUGAUCCCUACUGUCGGAAACUCUGGACCAGGGAUCCCCGGUUACAUGGUUGUUGGAUUUGAAGUGGUUCCAUGCAGUUUCCAGCACAAUGUUGAGUCGGUAAAGAAGUUGAAAACUUACAGUAAGUACCCGUCUGGAAUAAAGUGUGAACCUACUACUGUGGCAAUGUCUAUUAAUGAGAAUGAGCCAAUAGCCUUUAGCUAUGAGGUUUCAUUUGUUGAGAGUGAUAUUAAAUGGCCAUCUAGAUGGGAUGCUUAUCUGAAGAUGGAAGGAGCAAAAGUCCACUGGUUUUCCAUUCUCAACUCUCUUAUGGUGAUCACAUUCUUGGCUGGUAUUGUCCUUGUGAUCUUCUUAAGGACUGUCAGGAGGGAUCUGAGUCGUUACGAGGAACUUGACAAGGAGGCUCAAGCCCAGAUGAAUGAAGAGCUAUCAGGAUGGAAACUUGUUGUGGCUGAUGUUUUUCGCGCUCCAAGCAAUCCUACAUUGUUGUGUGUUAUGGUUGGGGAUGGAGUCCAGAUUCUUGGAAUGGCAGUCGUGACAAUAUUGUUUGCAGCCCUUGGAUUUAUGUCCCCUGCAUCUCGAGGAACAUUGCUCACAGGUAUGCUAUUUUUCUACAUGUUUCUUGGAAUUGCAGCUGGUUACGUUGCUGUCCGCUUGUGGAGGACAAUCUUUUGUGGAAAUGUAAAUGGGUGGGUUUCUGUCUCUUGGCGGGUUGCAUGUUUUUUCCCUGGUAUUGCCUUUUUGAUUCUGACAACACUGAAUUUCCUACUAUGGGGUAGUCAUAGCACUGGAGCCAUUCCCUUCUCUCUCUUUGUAGUUCUCAUUUUGCUCUGGUUCUGCAUCUCUGUUCCCCUUACUUUAAUUGGUGGUUAUUUUGGGGCCAAGGCACCUCAUAUUGAAUAUCCAGUUCGCACCAACCAGAUCCCCCGGGAAAUUCCUGCUCAAAAUUAUCCAUCUUGGCUACUAGUUCUGGGGGCUGGCACCCUCCCAUUUGGUACACUUUUCAUUGAGCUUUUUUUCAUCAUGUCCAGUAUUUGGAUGGGCAGAGUGUAUUACGUUUUUGGGUUCCUUUUUGUUGUAUUGAUCCUUCUUGUGGUGGUUUGUGCCGAAGUGUCACUUGUUCUAACCUACAUGCACCUAUGUGUGGAGGACUAUAAAUGGUGGUGGAAGUCUUUCUUUGCGUCUGGUUCUGUUGCAAUAUAUAUCUUCUUGUACUCCAUCAACUAUCUUGUUUUUGAUCUCAAGAGUCUGAACGGACCUGUGUCAGCAACUCUUUACCUGGGUUAUUCUCUCUUCAUGGUUCUAGCAAUCAUGCUUGCAACUGGCACUGUUGGGUUUCUUUCUUCAUUCUGGUUUGUUCAUUAUCUGUUUUCGUCAGUGAAGCUGGAUUGAAGAACCUAGUCUUACAGGCAUAUCCUUGAGAAUUUAUGGUACAUAUAAUCUCUUAAUUUUGCUGGUUUCAGACAUUGAGGAAACAAUAUAUUAUUUUAUGAACAGAUUUAUUUUUGCUAUGUAAUAGGGAAGAUUAUAGUUUCUUAGUUGCUCCCCCUUGGGUAUAGAACAAAUGUGAUUAUUUUACUGUUGCAACUUGUUAUUGUAAUUCAAUUUUUGGAUUUGCACUCUUUCUUGAAGAUAAAUUUCCAUUUUAAUUAUA